GAAAAGCGCUCGGAGGGGGAGGGGUGUCCCGUCGGCAGGCACACAGACAGCAGGCAGCAGCUGCAGCGACAGGAUCUGGCGCUGUUACUCUGCACUGAAAACUUUCACAUUACGAUUUUAGCUCCGAAAAACACACACACGCAGGUUUAGAAACACUCCACACACUCACACGCACGACCUCUUUCUAAAAUGGUAGACCGCGAGCAACUGGUGCAGAAAGCCAGGCUGGCCGAGCAGGCAGAGAGGUAUGAUGAUAUGGCAGCUUGCAUGAAAUCGGUCACAGAGCUGAAUGAAGCACUAUCCAACGAGGAGCGGAACCUCCUCUCUGUGGCCUAUAAGAAUGUGGUUGGGGCAAGGCGUUCAUCCUGGCGCGUCAUCUCCAGCAUUGAGCAGAAGACAUCAGCUGACGGCAAUGAGAAGAAGAUUGAGAUGGUGCGGGCCUACCGGGAAAAGAUAGAAAAGGAGCUGGAGUCCGUCUGCCAGGAUGUGCUCAACCUCCUCGACAACUACCUGAUCAAGAACUGCAACGAGACGCAGCACGAGAGCAAAGUGUUCUACCUGAAGAUGAAGGGCGACUACUACCGCUACUUGGCCGAGGUUGCAACGGGGGAGAAGAGAGCCUCGGUGGUGGAGUCCUCUGAGAAGUCCUACAGCGAGGCCCACGAGAUCAGCAAGGAGCACAUGCAGCCAACCCACCCCAUCCGCCUGGGCCUGGCUCUUAACUACUCUGUCUUCUACUAUGAGAUCCAGAACGCGCCAGAGCAGGCGUGCCACCUGGCCAAGACAGCUUUCGAUGACGCCAUUGCCGAGCUGGAUACCCUCAACGAGGACUCCUACAAAGACUCCACUCUCAUCAUGCAGCUGCUACGAGACAACUUGACGCUCUGGACGAGCGACCAGCAGGACGACGAGGGAGGAGAGGGCAACAACUAAGGAGUCUAGAACCCCAUUCUGCCAAAACAACACAAACACACGCGCUCACAAAUGAUGACAAAAAUAAUAAUAAUAGUUAAAAUGUUCUUAGAAAUGUAAAACAAAACAAAAAAAACAAAAAAACAAAGGAGGGUGGGUUGGGGGGGCGGUGAAACCUCGGCGGCCUAUUGAAGCCGAUGGUUGCUGACGCGGCUGCAGUUCUUUAUUUUUCCACAGAUUUAAAGUGAAAAAAAAAGGUAGGCAGAUGAAGGAAUUUUAGUUUCAGAAAUAACCUACAGUUAAAGAAAAAAAAACAAUAGAAGAAAGAACCCCCCUCCUUGAUAGCCUCUGCAGCAUUUGCCAAACACUUGUAGAUGCAAGAGGUAUGCCAUUGAUCACAGUGUGACCAUUGGGUAUUGAUACCUUCACACUGGCAGAGACUGGUCUCAUUGUGCAAAUGAAGCUGAGCUGUCUUGCUAUACUCGACGAGGGAGGAGCAUAUAGAAAAUUCAAUUUCGAUGCUUGAGCAGCGGGAAAAAUGGAGUAACCUUGAAUGUCACAAACUUUCUUGGUGAAAGAAAGGGAGGGAGAGAAAGAGAGAGAGCAAGCAGGUGGGUUGGGAGAUGAAGAUGAGCUUUUCUGGGGGUGUUGAACUUCAUUGCGUAAAAACGUACUGACAUCUUUAGUUGCACUGCGUGGGCCCAUGGUCGUUGAAUGAAAAGCAGGUUGUCUCUGUUAUUGAUAACAAACAACAACAACAAAAAAAAUUUGUUUGCUUGUGUCAGGUAUUUGUCCUGCUCAGUCACACGGUCAUACUGUAACUAAAACUACAGAUUCAUAAAGUAAACUUAGUGCAGCUUGUCCCUCUCAUGUGCUGAUGUGCUUUAUUAAAUAAAUUAACUGUUUUUGGACACCCAAUUCUUAUUGUCAGUAUUGUCGUUACUACUUCUAUCGGCUCCUUUUGUUUGUCAGGAAACUAUUUGAUCGAGAUAGUGAAAAAUACCAUCAAUUUUCACCUUUAAGUAAUGCCGUCUUCAAAACAAUUGGCAGGGUCUGAUCUGAAAUGUCACCUGGAACCACAGACCCGAUUAGUGAACAGAGCAUGAUCUGUGGACAGAGAGCACAUGCACUGUUAAAGUGGAAGCUGUAAAAGCAGACAUGAGGUUUGUGGAUUUACUUUGUCUUCAGUUUCUUCUUGGUCGAGAAAAUGCACUUGCCUAUUAUACUGUUUCUUCAGUGUAAGAUGAUAACUGCUCCAAUAGUCUCCAUAAUACAAUCUUGUGCAUGCUAGUGAUGUAUUUAUACAGUAGCUUCAAUUUAUUAACUUAUACUGUAGAUGUUAUGCAUUCAUAUGAACAUGGAAUUACUAGACCUUAAUUGGAUUAUUUUCUAUUUAUUUCUUUUUAUUGCGAUUGUUAGUUAGACCUUAUUUUAAUCUGUGUUUUCUUUACUCUAUUUGCUGAAGUACGCUAUACCAAAACAGUGAUUGUUAACAAUAAAUUGAUCUGUUACGGACA